AUGAAAUGUUUAGAACUUAGUUCUGAUAUAGCCAAAUCAGAUAAAAAUUGUCACUGUACGUGUUUUAAGGAUCCCAUAAAAAAAAAGUAUUUUAAAAAUAUAACAAAAAAUUGGGUGGUGCCUACCACGUCAUUGCCUCCGUGGGCCAUAAACCAACUAAAAUUAAGCACGACUGGCAAUGAUGAAGAUUAUGAACAUGGUUCAUUGAUGCAUGCAAAAGAAAACACAACAAACAGUGGUGAAGAAGCAAACAGCAGUAACGAAUCGAAAGACUCUAAGGAGAGCUUACAAGGUUCUCAAGAAAAUAACACUAGUACUGAAAAUAAAUCUAGUGGAGAAGGAGGAUCUAGUGUAGAAACUUCCAGUACAGAAGAUAGCAGCACUGGCGCCGAAGGUGUCAUCGCACAAGACGGUGAAAUAGUCGAUAAGGGCGGCGCCGGUGUAACAACAACUGAGGAAAACGAAAAAGAAUAA